CUAUUUUAUCUUUUUAAAAACAAAUAUCAGUAGGCCUACAGAUCUAUAUACAAAAUAGAAAAAUGGAAUCUUUUAACUUUGACGUACUACGAACAUAACUCAAUACGUACGACGAAAUCCUAGUGUCCAGAAAACCGAGACUAUAAUGAACGGUAACUCUAGUUUGGGCCCUUAGAAAAAUAGAAACACAUGUCAGUCUUGAAUAUAAAAACAUUUAUGUAUGAUUAUGACGCAGAAUAUGAAACGAAAAUCAGAAGAAAGCAGUCAGAUUCCAGUGGCUACAAAAAAGAAAAAGCUGAAUAAAAAUGGAAAUAAAAGUAGUAGGCCUACAAUAAAGGCAAGCAACUCCAAAAAUGAGUUUGUACCUCAAACACCUGAAAUAAAAGUGUUAGUUGAUGCUACGAAAAACCUGAGUGAUAAUAAAUCAGCAAUUAAAAAAAACAGAAAAGGAGUUAGAACUUUAGAAAUAAGGAAAAAUAACAAAACUGUGUCUUCAGAAAAACAAACCCAUUCUGGGAAAAAGUGGAAAAAAUUGAACAAAUUAAAGAGAAGGAAAAUGAAAAUGAAAGAAAAAAAAUCUUCACCUGAAAUAAAACAAAUUGAAAAAGAUGUAAAAAGAGUUCAAAUACCAAAAGAAAUUUCAAAUAACUGGAAGAUCCUGCAUAAGACACUGCUUAAAGACAAGAUACCAACAAAAGCGAAAGGUAAACCAGGUGCAAAGAAAAGAAUCAUAGGUAGUGACCUAGCAAAAACUAAACAGAUUACUGAAAAUAAAAUAAGAAAAGAGAAUGCUGGGGAGAUAGUAAAAGCCAAGGAAGCUGAAGAACCAGAUAUUUGGUUUGAUGGCGUUGAUGAAAUGUUGUUAGAUAUUGAAGCAAGAAAGGCUAAACGUUUACAAGAUGCGGCCAAUCCUAAGUACCAAGACACAGCUUCUCAGCUUAUUAAAACUGGUUCUUUUGAAGGAUUAACUAAAAUUGUUGCUAUGGAUUGCGAAAUGGUUGGUGUCGGGGUUAAUGGUAGUGAAAGUAUGGUUGCCAGGGUGUCAAUUGUAAACAAAUAUGGUCAAUGUUUAUAUGAUAAAUAUGUUAAACCAAUGGAACCUGUUAUAGAUUAUAGGACAUUUGUUAGUGGUAUAACACCAGAAAACAUUGCUGAUGGUGAAGAUUUUUUCACAGUACAGAAAGAAGUCAGUCAAAUAUUAAAGGGAAGAAUAUUAGUAGGACAUGCAUUAAGUAAUGAUUUAAAGGUACUCUAUCUUCAACAUGAUAAGAAAAAUAUUCGAGAUACAUCCAAGUACAAGGGUUAUCGAAGUUUAUUUGGCUUUAGAACACCAUCACUGAAAAAACUGACAAAAGAAGUCAUUGGUGUCUCUAUACAGGAAGGGGAACAUAACUCUGUUACAGAUGCUCAGGCAGCUAUGAGGUUAUAUACAAUGUACAGAAAGCAAUGGGAAAAAGACAUCAAACUACAAAGGAAGAGAAAACAUUUCAAGAAAAAGUUACUGGAAAAGGCAGAGGAAAAAAAAUAAUCAUGGGAAGCAUGAGUGAAUGAAAGGGAAAAAAUGGGUGAGUGAAACAGUGAGUGGAUGAAUAAAAUAAGAGGUAAUGCAAACUAUGUAACUGUUUUUCUUUCUAUAAAGAAUUGUAAAAAUAAAAUUCACAUGGGCUGAAA